AUGCAGCUAUCCAGGGCGGUCCUCGAGAAGCUUAGCAGCUCGCUAAUCGGCGACCAAGUGGCCAAAGUUGAGCUUUUAGCGAAUUCCGAAGCUGGUCUUUUGGAAGAGUUGGCAGAUUUUGGAGCUUCUCCUUCUACUCUAGAUCUUAAAUUGGAUAUAUGGUUUACAGCGUUGCGGCUGGAGGCAUACAUUAGGGAUGAGCUCGGAGAUUUGUACAUCGAUAGGGUUAAUCGAGUGUUCCAGGAGCGCAGCUUGCCAUUCAAUUUGGUCAGAAAUAAUCCUUCCACCAAUUACAAGUACAUGAGGUUGAUUAACUUAUGUGUGAAAUUAUGUGUGCCGUGUGUUUACCCACAUGCAUCUUUGCUGCGGGACGGACUCGCUCAUUUAAUUAUUCGGAGAGCAGUCGAAGAAGCGGGAGAAGGCGGGAACGGAUCCAGCGAUGAUUUAGCGACUAUCGUGGAGUUGCUCACAUUCUUUCUGCGCGAGAAGGAAACGCGAGGUUCCGAUAUUGAGCUGCUUGGCCCGCUUGAGGAUAUAUUACGAGAAAUUGUUGGCAAGUAUGGUUAUCAACUCCAGUUCAAUUAUGCGAUCCGUGUAAAGAUCUCUAAGACUCCUUCCUCGUCCGCGAAGUACGAUCCUUUCGGUAAUAAGGGUUUGGAACUCAACACCACUAUUCCAAACGCUGUCAGCAUAGAGAAUCCACUGGAGCGCAGCCUGCUGUCACUCUCCUUGGCAUUAUAUUCCAGCCUCUUCCAGACGCUGCGAUCUAAACUAGAUGACAUACCGGCAGAGCUUUGGAAGGAUAUCCAUUUCUGCACAUUCGUCACUAGUCUCCUGAAAAGCGGCGAUAUCAGCUUGAGAUGUGCCGCUUUGACGUUUCUGAUUCAGCCCUAUUUCAUGGAUGAGAAGGCCUGGAGCCAGAAGCAGAGAUUGCAUCAGGCCUUACCAUACUUGGUCGACUGCCUCAACUUUCAACCGUUACCCUCGUGGUUUGACCCGUUUGAUAGCUUAAAUUCAUUGAUCGAAUUGUAUCAUAGACACGAACCGUCGAGCAACCCAGUAAUUAUAUUCCUCUCCAAGACGAAUAUGAUGUAUGGAUUGUUGACACUUUUCGCCGACUGUCUAUCCUUGAAGUACCAAAAUAAGUACUCAUUGCGGUCAACCACUAGGUUUAUCAAAUUGUGCGCAUCAUUCGCAGCCCACGACGAGCUCUACAGAUCAUUGUUGCUAGAACAGAAGUCUCUAUUGAAUCAUUUGGAGUUCGGUUUAGAGCGACAUUUGGAGUUACUUGAAGAAUUUCUGUCCCGCAAGCAGAUCCUCUUUGAUUCCCAAGACGAGAACUCACGAAACUUACCUCCUUUGUAUGAUAGCGAGCUAGCUAUGGCCUGGCUGCUUCUCCUGAAGUCUUUUUCGAGAAGUGUUUCUGCACUAAGAACGUCAUUGAAACGGAACAGUCUAGCUGAGCUUUUAUUGAAUCUGGUCAGGGUUUCAUACAGGGUUCUGCAGGAAUGCAAGGUUGCAGGUAAAGAUUUUCUAACAGCUGAAAUCGAUAUUAUGAGUGUUACAUUGGGCUGUAUUUGCAAUUUCGUUGUAGAGUUCUCCAACUUGCAAUCUCUCAUUUCAAAUAAUGGAAUUGUGGCCCUGAUUGGCGACAUCCUGAGGGAUCCUCUGUUUAAUUCGAGGCUGGUGGACAACGGACAGGCCCCUAUGCCUCUUCAGGCGAGUGCUGACAAAGUCAAAACUAACGCUCUAUGGGUUUUGAGGCAUCUGAUGUAUAAUUGUCGUAACCCAGAGAAACUGGAUCUCCUUUCGAAGAUACCAAUGUCCAAAAUACUGGAGUUCAUCAACGAUCCGAGCUGGCCAGUACAGGAACAAUGUUUCGAGCUUAUAAGAAAUUUAACCUGCAAUUCAAGGAAAGUGGUCAACAUACUGCUGGAGAAUUUUAGGGACAUAACAUACGAGACUGAUGCUGAAACAUCUGCGAAAAUUGCCCGGGGAACCACUUACCUGUUCCAGUUUCUGGCUAGGAAGAUCAUGCUUAUCGACCCGACCGAUAACAUUCAGAAAAGAACUUUAAUUGGUGUGCUCUAUAUCAUCGUUAACUUGGUGGCAGUGAACGAGAAUAAAAAAGAGCUAGUUAUCCAGCAAGAUGAGAUUCUUGACAUCCUACGUGAUAUACUCUCUGAAUCCCAGCAAAACGUAGGAAGGUACGGUAACGAUAGCAAGCUCAAACUGGCAAGCCUAUGGGUCUUGAACAAUUUACUCUGGAACUCCGCAAUCUCCCAUUACACUCAUCACGCAUUAGAAGGUUACACGCUGCCGCACAAAGGUGAUGAAAGCCCCCACCAAAUAACUGGCUCACCUUUCGCGAGCGAAACAGGCAUAGAUAUUAGCACAGAAGCAGGCGACGAUGAGGACGACGAGGAUAUGGAUGAUGACCUGGAUGAUGCCGACGAUGAAGACGACGAUGAAGAGGAGGAAUUCGUUCACGAUUCAGUCAGUAACGCAAAAGCGAGAACAAGAGCCAACGAAGCAGCCGUUGAGAGAUGUAAGAAGCUCCUCAAGAUCGGCAUUUACGACCUAGUGAAGAAAAAUGUUUUUGACGAAUCGCUCUCGGUUAGGGAAAAAGCUCGUACCUUGCAGUACCACAUGGAUUUGCUACUCAAAGAUGCGUCAUAG